AUGCCGGAAACAUCAAAAAUGAAUGGAUAUGCAAAAACAAAUGGUCACAGCUAUGACAUGGAAGAUGGAUCAGUGUUUUUAUUUACAUCGGAAUCUGUUGGCGAGGGCCAUCCAGACAAAAUGUGUGAUCAAAUAAGUGAUGCUAUCCUUGACGCGCAUUUGAAACAAGAUCCCGACGCAAAAGUGGCCUGUGAAACUGUCACUAAGACGGGAAUGAUCUUGCUGUGCGGUGAAAUAACAUCAAAAGCAAACGUUGACUAUCAAAAUGUUGUCAGAGAAACCGUAAAACACAUUGGAUAUGACGAUUCUUCUAAAGGUUUUGAUUGGCGUACACUAAAUUUGUUAGUGGCUAUUGAAGAGCAAAGUCCAAAUAUUCGUGAGGGGGUCUAUCAAGACCGAGAGGAAAUUGAUAUUGGGGCCGGCGAUCAGGGCAUGUUAGGUCAUCCCGGCAAGUCUAGUUUCUUUAUAAUAAUCAUAAUGCAUGUUGGGGCAGGAUUUGAUUACAAGACAUGCAGUGUCAUGCUUGCAUUGGAUCAGCAGUCACCAAAUAUUGCCGCUGGAGUGCAUGAAAACAGAAACGAUGAAGAAGUUGGGGCCGGAGACCAGGGUUUGAUGUUUGGCUAUGCAACUGAUGAGACAGAAGAAUGCAUGCCACUGACUGUGGUACUAGCACAUAGAUUGAAUCAGAAGAUUGCUGAAUUACGUCGCAAUGGAGAAUUCUGGUGGGCGAGACCAGAUUCAAAGACACAGGUUACUUGCGAGUAUGUAUUUGCCGGAGGUGCCACUGUUCCACAAAGGGUCCACACUGUUGUUGUUUCACUACAACACUCUGAAAAGGUAACCUUGGAGACAUUGCGUGAAGAAAUUAAGAACAAAGUAAUCAAUGAAGUGAUUCCCGCCCAGUACCUUGAUGAAAGAACAGUCAUACACAUAAACCCUUGUGGACUCUUCAUAAUUGGUGGACCUCAGUCGGAUGCUGGGUUGACUGGUCGUAAGAUCAUAGUCGAUACGUACGGCGGUUGGGGCGCACACGGCGGAGGAGCAUUCUCAGGGAAGGAUUUCACUAAAGUUGAUCGCUCAGCCGCUUACGCCGCUAGAUGGGUGGCAAAAUCCUUAGUACGUGCUGGGCUAUGCCGUCGUUGUAUGGUGCAGGUGGCCUAUGCUAUUGGUGUAGCUGAGCCGCUGUCUAUAACAGUGUUCGACUACGGCACCUCGCACAAAACACAGCAGGAACUGCUUGCAAUCGUACGAAAGAAUUUCGACCUUCGACCAGGAAAAAUAGUCAAAGAACUAAACCUUCGAGCUCCUAUCUAUCAGAAGACCAGUACGUACGGCCACUUCGGUCGAGAGGGUUUCCCGUGGGAGAACCCCAAGCCGCUCGUCGUAGAUUGA